AUAAUAAACACCCACCUGCCAGACAACCUGCUAACCUCCGGACCUCAGUCGAGUCAGUUGUUUUGACUUUUGUUGCUGUGGUUGACACUUUUGUGGUAUAUUCAUUGUAAUCUAUUUAUGUCAUCAUGAUGAACUUUUCAGGAUCAGUACUUCGCACUUUACCCAGGUUUACUUGCAGACGAUAUAUUGUUCCCGGCGUCAGAAUGCUAAGCGAAGAUUCAAAACCACCAGAAGUUGUAACUGAGAAAAGAGGAAAUGUAUUUUUAAUUGGAAUUAACCGACCUUAUGCUAAAAAUGCGGUUAGCAUCUUCACAGGUGAACAGUUACUUGAAGCUUUCCAGGAAUUUGAAAAGGACAAGAGUUCCUUAGUGGCUGUGUUUUACGGAGUAGGAAAUUGUUUCUGUUCGGGCUUUGAUCUGAAAUUUUUAUCCAAGGCACCAACGGACAUGAGAAGAGACAUAAUAUAUGCACCAAUGGGACCAUCGAAGAUUAGAAUCAGUAAACCAAUAAUUGGAGCCAUAAAUGGGUAUGCUGUGGCAGGUGGUUUGGAGCUAGCCCUCGUGUGUGAUCUUAGAGUUAUGGAGGAAAGUGCAAUCAUUGGUAUCUUCUGUCGAAGAUUUGGUGUGCCAUUACUUGAUGGUGGCACUGUCAGACUGCCACAGCUUAUUGGUUUAUCAAGAGCUUUGGAUCUGAUUCUGACCGGCCGCCCAGUGACAGCCAAGGAAGCGCUUGAGUUUGGUAUUGCCAAUCGAGUUGUACCAGAUGGCACAGCUCUGGAAGAGGCCAUUAAGCUAGCCAAUCAGAUUGCAUCUUUCCCGCAGAAAUGCAUGAAGGCCGAUAGAAGAUCAGCUUAUUACUCGUGUUAUGAUUCAACAUCCUUAGAAGAUGCCAUGCGAUAUGAACACAACAAUGGCAAACCAAUUAUAGCUAAAGAGUCAGUGGCGGGGGCUUCUAAGUUUGUCAGUGGAGUUGGAAGAUCUGGCUCAUUUGAUGAAUUUAAAGCAAAACUUUAAAUUACAUUCAUCUAGUAACAAGGAUGAAAUUUUAGAUUUUUUGCAAUACCAGUAUUCACUUUUGGUUUUGAAAAUCAUGGAUAUAAUUUGUGGAAUUAUAGGUUUGGUCAUGUGACCCAUUUCACACAUGCUCUUUGUGUUUAUGCUUAUUGUAAACUGAUCACUUGUAUUCAUACGCAGAUUGUAAUUUCUUUACAUGUAUUCAUACGCAGAAUGUAAUUUCUUUACAUGUAUUCAUACGCAGAUUGUAAUUUCUUUACAUGUAUUCAUACACAGAUUGUAAUUUCUUUACUUGUA